AUGCUGAGAAAGGGUGAGUGGGUGUGGGUGGACUCCAAUAUUGGGGUGGUCAUCGGCGCCAGGCUCAAACUGACAGAUUCGGGUCAGCGGAUCCUGGUGGACGAUGAAGGACAGGAACGCCGUCUGUCCCAGGAGGAGGAAGCCUCCCUCAGGGUCAUGCACCCCACAUCAGUGGAGGGGGUGGACGACAUGAUCCAGUUGGGAGACCUGACUGAGGCAGGCCUCCUCAGGAACCUGCUGGUCCGACACAAGCAAGGCAUCAUCUAUACAUACACAGGCUCUGUGCUGGUGGCAGUGAACCCAUACAGAGAGCUGCCUAUAUACACAGGUGACCAGGUGAAGUUGUACCAUGGUCGCAAACUCGGGGAACUCCCUCCGCACGUCUUUGCCAUCGCCGACACUGCCUACUUCAACAUGAGGCGGUACCACAAGGACCAGUGCUGCAUCAUCAGUGGGGAGUCGGGAGCAGGGAAGACAGAGAGCACUAAGCUGAUCCUGCAGUACUUAGCAGCCGUCAGCGGUCAACACUCCUGGAUCGAACAGCAAAUACUGGAGUCCAACCCAAUUCUAGAGGCUUUUGGAAACGCGAAAACGGUUCGCAAUGACAACUCCAGUCGCUUUGGGAAAUAUGUGGAGAUCUUCUUCAAUAAAGAUGGAGCGAUCGAAGGCGCUCGCAUGGAGCAGUACCUUCUGGAGAAGUCUCGUGUCUGCCAUCAGGCCCCGGAGGAGCGUAACUACCACAUGUUUUACUGCAUGCUAGCAGGGAUAACAGCAGAGCAGAGGAAGGCCCUGAGCCUCGGGGAUGCCAAAGACUACAACUUCCUCACCAAGGGUGACUGUAUCGUGUGUGAAGGCCGUGACGAUGCUAAAGAGUACAACCGAAUCUGUUCCGCUCUGAAAGUCCUGACCUUCUCAGACGACCAGCACAGGGAAAUCCUCAAGCUGCUCGCCGCCAUACUGCACCUGGGCAACGUCUGCUUCCAAGCCACCACCCUGAACAACAUGGACUGCAGCGAUGUCAGCAAGUCAGAGCAUUUCAGCCUCGCAGCUUCACUACUGCAGGUCCAGAGUCCGUCCCUCGCUAAAAGCUUGACCCAUCGCUCCUUUCUGACCAACAGAGAGAGGGUGACUAAACCCCUCAGCUCUGAGCAGGCGUCUGACUGCAGAGACGCCUUCGUCAAGGCCAUCUACAACAAGCUGUUCAUCUGGAUCGUGGGAAAAAUCAACAGUGUCAUCUAUAAGACAAUGACCAACGGCCCCAAAUCCUCCUAUAGGUCCAUCAGCCUGCUGGACAUCUUUGGCUUUGAGAACUUCAACACAAACAGUUUUGAGCAGCUGUGCAUUAACUUUGCCAACGAGCAGCUGCAGCAGUUCUUUGUGCAGCACAUCUUCAAGCUGGAGCAGGAUGAGUACCUGAGAGAGGACGUGGUGUGGAACAGUGUCAGCUUUGGUGACAACCGGCACAUCCUGGACCUGCUGGCCGGGCAAUCCUGCAACCUCCUGGCCCUCAUUGAUGAAGAGAGCCAUUUUCCAAAGGGCACAGACAUCACUAUGGUUACCAAGAUGAACCAGCAGCAUGGCAAGAAUGACACCUACAUCCCCUCCAAGAGUGAACACGGCUCAGACUUUGGGAUCCGCCAUUUUGCUGGGGUGGUUUACUACGACUCCACAGGCUUCCUGGAGAAGAACAGAGAUACUGUCAGCUCUGACAUCAUCAAGAUGAUUGAAAUGUCGACCAAUAAGCUACUUCGUCAGAUAUUUGAGAAUGAGCUUUCAACCAAUGGAGUGAAGGGUCCCGUCAACGGCAGGAUCAUCAUGACACCCAAGAACUCACUGCGGGCCCAGACUGACAAACGUAAGCAGGUGGUGACGCUGAGCGGUCAGUUCCGCCAGUCCCUGGACUCCCUCAUGAAGGCCCUUUCUGUCUGCCAGCCGUUCUUCAUCCGCUGCUUCAAACCCAACGACGACAAGCAGGCCAAGGUCUUUGAUAGAGAGCUGUGUAUGCGUCAGCUGAGAUAUUCUGGCAUGAUGGACACUGUCCGGAUCAGGAAGCUGGGAUAUCCCAUCCGACACACCUUUGAGGAGUUCCUGAGGCGCUACAGGGUGCUCCUGAAGACAACCACCUGUGACCCCAAAACUGCAACAGCUGCAGCCUGUUGUGAAGCCAUCUGCAAGUCGGUGAUUAGAGGAAAGGACGAUUGGAAAAUAGGGAGAACUAAGGUUUUCCUGAAGGAUGCCCAUGACUCCUUCCUUGAACAAAAGAGGGAACAGGAACUCAACAGGAAGGCCCUCAUCAUCCAGAGGGUCAUGCUGGGACACCAUGACAGAAAAACGUUUUUGAGGAAGAAGAGGGCAGCUGUGGUGCUGCAGAAACACUGGAGAGGUUACUGGCAGAGGAAACAGCAAAGACGGCUCCAGCACGGCUUUGAGCGCCUGGCAUCGAGGCUCCGUGGUCGGAAGCUUCAGUUACAGUACCAAAGACAGCGGGCGGCAGCAGUCACCAUACAGAGUCAGGUACGAGGCUACAUGGCGAGGAAGGCCUGGAAGCAGAAGAAAGAUGCGGCCUUCCUGUCAGAGCAGGAGCAAGCAGAUCAGGAGCGAACAGCACUUGAGCUCCAAAACCGACUGCAGAUGGUUCUGGCCCAAUCGAAGCAGACCGCCCAGGAGGCUGAGCCAAUCAACGAGGAGGAAAUGGUGGACAGAAUGUUCGGCCCCCUCUUGACAGGUGUUGCAGCAGUGGGAGGACGUCAAGGACCAGCACCAGAGGGCAUGGAGGACUUGGAGACGAAGCAGAACAUCCAAGAGCUGGUGGUGGAAAACACCGUGGAGACCUCAGAGCCGGAGCCGAAGUCGGAGCCAGAAGCUCCAGCCUCCCCAACAUCUCCACCGCCGGAAGAUGAUUAUGACGACUAUGAUGACAGUGACGAAGAGUUUUCACUGUUCAAGUUCAGCUCGCUUUACUUCCAGGGCAACGCGACUCACACACACAUCACCCAGAGGCUCAGGCAGCCCCUGCUGCACCACGAGGAUGAAGGCGACACACUGGCAUCUCUAACAGUGUGGUGGGUUAUCCUGCGGUUCAUGGGCGACAUACCAGAACCGAAAUCAUCACAGGAGCAGCAGCGAAACACCCCCGAGUCCAGCAUGGCCUCCCGGUACCUGAACUUGAGACAGGGCAGGAGGCUGAGCAACCUGGUGGGAAUUGACCAGAAAUUACUGAGGAAGAACAAGAAAAAACUUGGCGGUGGAAUCAGAAAAGGCUCUAUGAUUCCUGAGGAGCCAGAGGAUUUGACAGGCGAAGAGGACAUCCUUAUAGGAGAGGGGCCCACGCUCGAUCGACCGCUGACAUCCCUGGAGAAACUGCACAUCAUCGUGGGAUACGCUCUGUCAAGACGAGACAUAAGGGAUGAGAUUUACUGUCAGAUCUGCAAGCAGCUGGUGGGCAACAGCAACAAGAAGAGCCGUCUGCGAGGCUGGAUCCUCCUCUCCAUCUGUCUUGGGAUCUUUUCUCCUACAGAGCUGCUCAUGAAGUACCUGGAGUUCUUCCUCCGCAGAGGGCCCAGUGGUUAUGGUGCAUAUUGCAGUGAGCGGCUACGUCGGACAGUAGCCAACGGAGACAGGACAGAGCUGCCCUGUUGGAUAGAGCUGCAGGCUACCAAGUCCAAGAAGCCCAUGGAUGUGUGUGUGGCUCUGAUGGACGGCCGCAGCAUCAGCCUGCCCGUGGACUCAGCCAGCACCUCUGCUGAAAUCUGCCAAACCGUGGCCAAGAAGAUUAAUCUCAAAGACACCAGUGGAUUCUCCCUCUACAUCGGCCUCUAUGAUAAGGUUUGGUCUCUUGGCAGCGGCGGGAAACACGUGAUGGACGCCGUGUCUCAGUGUGAGCAGGAGGUGAGGAGGCAGGGCAAGGAGGAGCAGGACGCCCCCUGGAGGCUCUACAUCCGGAAGGAGCUGUUCACACCCUGGCACGACUGCUCUGUGGACCCGGUCAGCACCGACCUCAUCUACAGGCAGGUCAUCAGAGGCAUCAAGUGUGGCGAGUACGUCUGUGAGAAGGAGGAUGAAUACGUCCAGCUGGCGGCAAAGCACCACUACAUCCAGUUUGGCCCUGUGAGCAGCGCAGAGAACGUACAGAAGGUGGUUGAGGACUGCAUCACCACCACGCUCAUCGAGACCAAAUCCAAGGCAAAAUGGGUGCAGCUGGUCAGCUCAGCAGUCAGAGAGGAAGCUAAGAGCGACGGGAAGAGGAAUGCAGACAGUGUAAAAGGAGAAAUAGUCUACUUUGCCCGUCAGAAAUGGCCCCUCUACUUCUCCAAGUUUCACGAAGUGACAAUGAUCUCAGGACAACCUUUGCCCAAAAGCAGAUUCAUUGUGGCCAUAAACUGGAACGGAAUCAUCUUCCUGGAUGGAAAAGACAAAAAACUGAUUGAGUUUCCCUACCUUGAGGUGACUGGAGUCCAUACGAUGAGUGACAGCAGGUCCAGCACUCAGGAGGUGAGUGUGGUCACAGUCAGAGGAGAGUUUGACCUGAUGUGUCCGGAUGCUGAGGAUUUGGCUGCACUGGUGGACACAAACCUGAGUGGGCUGAGGGAGCGCUCAGUGUACGCAGUGGCCCUGCUGGAUGCCAGCAAACAAACAGAGGACCCCUCAUUCCUGGCCUAUAAACGAGGUGACCUUUUGGUGAUAGAAAAACAUGACGAUUACUCUCCUCAGCGGAGCUGGAACAGAGCGACUCACGAUCGGACCGGUAACAACGGUGCCAUCUACAUGGAUACUGUCCAGUUUCUGCCGACGCUCAGAAGUCCCAAUGAUGACACACUGAGCCUGCUCUGUCCAAGUCCGCAGCAGAGGAGAAUCUCACCUGCACAAAGCGCACCACAGAGAGAAGAAACAGUGGCCCCCAUGUCUUUAAAAGAGUUUGCGCUUGACUACUUCAGGCCACCAGGUAAGGAUGUGGGUCGGCCGGGCGUGUCCAGAGGAGCCGGCAGGGAGAAGCUGUGGGCCUGUUCCAGAGAGCCUCUCAAGCAGCCACUGCUCAAGAGCCUGCAACGCCACUCUGACCUCAGCCACCUGGCCUGCAGUGCCUUCACUGCUAUCAUGAAGUAUAUGGGAGACUACCCCAUUAAAAACACCCGCAGCCCUGUAGAACUCUCUGACCAGAUCUUCGGUGCAGCCACCCAGAAUGAAGCAUUAAAGGAUGAGAUCUACUGCCAAAUUAUGAGACAGAUGACCAACAACAACAACAGGCUGAGUAUGGAGCGAGGUUGGCAGCUGAUGUGGCUGUGCUCGGGCCUGUUCCCACCCAGUCAGAACUUGCUGAAACACACCCAGCGCUUCCUGGAGUCGCGGCCCAGAGAUCCGCUGGCUGCCGGCUGCUUGCAGAGGCUGCAGGCAAUGCUCAGCAUGGAGGCAAGGAAGCUGCCUCCUCAUCAGGUGGAAGUGGACGCCAUCCAGCAGAACAGCAUGCAGAUCUUCCAUAAAGUCCACUUCCCCAACAGCACACAUGAUCUAUUUGAGGUGACAUCAACAACCACCAUCAGAGACCUGUGUCGCAGCAUCGCCUCUCACCUCAGUUUGAGCUCAUCCGACGGAUACGGCCUCUACAUGAAAACACCAAACAAGGUCCAGAGCUUGGAUGACCAGAGUUAUUUGUUUGACAGUUUAAGGCAGUUCUCAGACCAAAAUAAGAAAGCCAAAAGGGUCAGAGAAGGUAAAGUAAAUCAUUAAAAUGUGUAUUGUUUCCCAGGCAACACAUCCAGUACACCCUACCUGGUGCUCUUUAUGAGGAAGCUGUGGUUCAACGUGACUCCAGGGAGAGACCUGAUCGCUGAUCUCACCUUCCAUUUCCCGCAGGAGUUGCCUAAGUACCUGCGGGGAUACCACAAGUGCACCAAAGAAGACAUGAUCAACCUGGCCGGCCUGCUCUUCAGAGUCAACGUAGAUUCAGACAGGUCGCAGUUUGUCAUGAUCCCCAAGAUGCUGAAGGAUCUGGUUCCAGCCGACCAGAUGAAAAUCAUGUCCCCCGAUGAAUGGAAAAAGCACAUCAUCUCCUCCUACAACAAGCAGACCGGCAUCACCGUGGAGGAGGCCAAAGUCGCCUUCCUGCGAAACAUCUCGAGCUGGCCCACCUUCGGCUGUGCCUUCUUUGAAGUUAAACAAACAUCUGAAUCUAGCUACCCAAGUAGAAUAAAUAUUGCCAUCAGCAAGCAAGGUGUGAACUUAAUAGACCCAAAGACUAAGGAGCUGUUGGUCAUGCACCCGUUCAGUCGCAUCACCAACUGGUACAGCAGCAGCAGCUCCUUCCAGAUGACCAUCGGCAACCUGGUGAGGGGCAACACCUUCGUCUGUGAAACCUCACUGGCCUACAAAAUGGAUGACCUUCUGAAAUCAUAUAUCAGCAUGUAUGAGAAGGAGAGGCAGGCACUUCGACCAAGGCACCAGAUGUUUUCUUGAGGAUUUCAUGAGAAAGAAGAGGACAGAUUGAAUAGCCUCUCUUCAUAUGCAACCUUGAGUUACACCUAGUAUGCCGAACACUUAACCAUAAUACACACUCCCAACAAAAUGAAUUAAUAAUACAUCUCAUUUUCAGUGUAACGCUCUUGAUUGUGGGAGUUGUUUUGUGCCUAGAGGAUUUAUCAAGGAUUUAUAUGAAUGCAUUGUGUGUCCAACGAUAUCUUGAGACAUUUUUGCCUGUGAUCGCCUCCUUCAAAUAUUGCCAUCAACAACCAUUUCAGUCACAGAGAAGCUGUUGAACCUGAUGUCCACUCUUAAGGAUACAUUCAAGGAAUAAUACCUCCCACACUGUUGCCAAUUGAGUCAUCUUGUAUUUAUUUUUGGAUCUUUUUUGUAUAUCAAAUAGGAAUCACAAGAAGCACUGGUGUAGUUAACAUAGGCAGGGGAAACCACAACGACUAAACAGACAAAGAGGAUAAUUUAAUCAAGAGAAAAUCCAUGAAAAACUUGGUCACACUGCUCCAUCUCUGGAAAGCGCAGUGCAAAAAAAAAAAAAAAAAAAAGCUGCAUUAAUGGCUCAGCGUCGUCUUUUCUAAUUUAUUUUGCUGUGUGUGUUGCCUUGUGU